UCGCGACCGGCGUGAUGAAACGGAGCAAGAUUCUUGGAAAUACGAACCAAGACACGUCAACGACCAGGAAAACUUCCAGGAUUGGCUGCCGCCAGGUCGGAUACAAACUCCUCGCCGGAACCUGUAUCCGGCUUAACCUCCGAAAACUGUCCUACAAAACUGCAAGAAAGACCUGCAAGAAGGAUGGUGCGAGACUAGCCAUGCCUGAAACAGAAGAGCUGGACCUCGCUCUAAGGAACCUUGUCCAGAAGGAAGGCCACAACAUCAACUUUUGGAUUGGCUUGAGGAACAAGGGGGGCUUCUUUCUUCGUAAGAGACACUGGCUUUGGGAAGAUGGUUCCAAAUUGGGCCAUUACAAGGGAUGGAAUCUAGGAGAGCCUAAUGGCAAAAGGUGGGUUCAUUUGCCGGAAUUCAACUUGUGCGUUCGGUACUACUGGGCUGGUCGCACUGGUGAUCCCAUGUGGGAUGAUAGCAGCUGUACUCGCAAGCACGGUUUUAUCUGUCAAGCUUCUCUGGAAUGAACAAGAGUUACCAAAAAGGGCCAAAAUGGUAACAAACCACGUUGUAAAUCGUGUCCAAUAUGGGGAUUUUAUGUGUAUUUAUCUCACCAGUCUAAAAAGAACUUUUUACCAUUAUUUUUGCUCAAAUUUUUAAUUAAUUGAUCUGGUUACUUAAGUGAGUACUUGGGGGAGGGGCAGAAAAUAAUCUGCAUGUGUCCAUAUGUGCAUGUGACAUAAUUGGAAAAUGCAUUCUUCAACGGUGAUAAGACGUUUGAUGAGGUGUGGUAUUCCAUACAUUCCAUUUGUGUAACUUUUUAUCGAAAGGACUGCUAGAGUAUACCUUCCUGUAACUGAAUGUCAUAAUUAAAGUAAGACUGGUUUUUAUCUUAAACACCCCAACGUUAAGGAACCAGGAAAAAAUUCUUUGUAUGACUUUCUCAGCCAUACUCAUAGUAACUCUUAUUUACUUAGUGGGGACGAUAGAAAACAAGUCGGAGUGAGGUUGUAGCAGAAAAAAAAUGUGCAGCUUUUAAUAUGUGCUAAUUCUAAGAUAUCAUUUUAAU